AUGAAAGGGAAGCUCUCGAAAGACGAGAAACGCCAAUUCAACGCAUUAAUUUACUCGGCACAAGGCGCAGAAAAUAAACACGACUAUACCCUUGCACUUCACUAUUACGAAUCUGCACUCAAAGUGGUUCCCUCUCACCAAAAACUCCCACUGAAGCUUGAACAGAUUAAAGACAAAAUUGCCGAAACGAAAAAGAGUGUAGACGUGACCACCGUCAACGACCCGUCGGGAUUUUUGUAUAACGCUGAGACGGGUCGGUACUACUUAAAUAAUGGAUUUUCUAUACCUUAUGAUAUCUUCUCGAUGUUACUUCCACAUCAACGAGUUGCUAUUAAAUGGUUAUGGGAACAUCACAAUGACACUAAAAUACACGGGUGUAUAUUAGGCGAUGAUAUGGGGCUUGGGAAGACGGUAGAAAUACUCGCGUUCAUAUUAGGUGUGUCGUGUUUGAAAGACAUCCGCGUCCAAGCGAAGACGUUCUUGUUGGUAGUUCCGGCGAUGGUUGCGCAACAAUGGGAAACUGAAGCGAAGAAGUGGAGUCCUGGAAUAACUAUGUUUAACGUCCACGACAUGGCACCAGCAGACAGAAGAGCUGCUGCGAGAGCUGUUGGGACGGAAGGUGGGAUAUUACUAACGACGUACAAUAUGGUUCAAAACGAUGAAUCGUCGGUGAGUUGUGUGACAUGGGAUUACAUCAUAUUAGAUGAGGCCCAUGUCAUUAAGUCGAAAACCGCAAAGGUCACGCAAACGUUGAAAAGCUUCAAAGCGAAGCAUAAAAUCUCUGCGACGGGUACACCGAUGAUGAACAAUUUGAUGGAGUUGUGGAAUUUAAUGGACUUCACGACUGAUGGAGAGUUACUCGGGGAAGCGGCGUAUUUCCAACAAAAGUAUGAAAGAGUCAUUUCAAAGGCAAAUUUGAAGAAUGAAGAGAGUCCGUAUGCUAAAACACGACUGACACAAUUGUCUCGUGUAGUAGGACCUUAUAUCUUAAGAAGAACAAAAAAAGACGUCUUUGGAGAGGGAGGCCCUGAACUGCUUGACGAAGAGAAACAGAAAAAGGACGUCGACGACGAGGACGAUUCAAAGACUCCCAAAUCUAAAGACGAUUUACAGCUGACGGUGAGUAAGUUUGAGUUGAUUGUGUGGAUCAAAAUGGAUAAGAACCAACGAGAGAUGUACUUGAAGUUAUUAAAGUCGAUUAAUAUGAGAGACCUUGGGACGACUUAUAUGAGACUAGUUAUUGGAAUGAUCAAUUACUUAGAAAAGUCGUGUAGUAACCCUCCAGCAAUUAAAGACACUGCGUCGAAUGAUGGCACACAUAAGUUUAUUGACGAACAAAUGAUCGAUUUUGCAGAGAAAGAAGCCGAGUUUUAUUGGCCGAAGCUCUUAAUUCUUCUUGAGAUCCUCAAGAUGUUUGAGAAGACGGGGGACAAGUGCUUAGUCUUUUCUCAAUAUCAAAGAACACUUGAUUCUAUAUGUGAUUUAUUGCAAGUGAAAGACGUACCUUUUAUGAGAAUUGAUGGAAGUGUCGACGACAGAACACGAAAAGAGAGACUCAAACGAUUUAACACUAUGCAAAGUUGGGGUGUGUUAUUGAUGACAAUACGUGUUGGAGCGUGUGGGUUGAAUAUCACUGGAGCGAGUCGUGUGGUGAUCUUUGAUGAAGGAUGGUCUGUUAUAGGGAAUCAGGCUGUCGACCGCGUCUAUCGUAUAGGACAAACAAAAGAUGUUGUGACGUAUCGACUUGUUUCGUGUGGGACGGUAGAAGAGAAGAUGUAUAGAAGACAAUUACAUAAGGCGACUCUUGCGGAACUUGCGUUGGAAAAGAAUAUGGCCAAUCAGAGGUUUAGGCAUUGGUUCACAAAAGAUGAGUUGUACGCACUCUUCGACGUUAGCCAAGUCAAGUUCGACUUCUCCACAACACACAUCUUAUUCAAAGAGUAUCAACCACAGUUUCCUCAGAACAUGCCUGUGUAUCCACAAUGGCUGAAUGAGCACAUCCACACAAUAGAAUCGUUGAGUGGAGUGUAUGGGGUGUCGGACCACAAUUUCAUCAUCAAAACAGACUUACCCGACGAAAUCAAUACCCACGUCGACGAUGAAGACCCAGACGAAUUGGGUAAAAUUGUGUUUGACCAAACGCGGAAGACACAACAAAGGAAAAAAAAGAACAAAGUCCGAGUCGAAGAGAGUGGAAUUGGUGAUGAUAAGGUCAUUGAAAUAGAAGAUGGCGGAGAUGAGCUUAUUGUCCCGCCUAAAAAGAAAGAGCGGAGCAAGACUUGUUAUAAUCACAUCAGGAAAGCUGACCCAUUUCUCAUCAAGAAGUGUAGUUGUUACUGUACACAAGACGAGAUCAAUAGAUACAACGAACUUCAAAGCCAGUAUCUAACAAUGUCUGAAGACUCCGAAAAGUUACUUUGCCUUAUGGAGAUGGUUUGCAUCUGUGAUGAGUCGAGGAAUCUCCAUAUCAACAUAGCCACGUUAGCAAAGAGGUUGUUUAAAUUAUGA